CGAUCCGCCGGCCACCAGCUCCAGACAGCCUGCAGCCCAAGAGAGAAGCAGCAGCUCAGCCGCCGGGCCGCCGACCCGGAAGUUCUUCUGCCGCCAAACGCGAGGCUGCGGAGGGGGGGGUGUGAACCCGGAAGCGAUUUCCCUGCCCCGGUAGCAGCGGAAUGGAAAGCUAAGGGCCUUUAAAGACCUGGAAUCUCCUGGUUUCGGGAGGUGGUGAGGGGUGUGUGGCUCUGAGCUGCGAGGACAGUAAAGGACAAUAAAGAGGCUGUGGGCAAGAGGCUCUCCGAGUCCAGAGAUCGUAGCUUUCGAGGUGCGGGUUAGGGACCGCGGCCAAACGCGCUGGGCGGCUUCUGGUGGCGACCGAGUUUUCCCGUUACAGGAAGUUGGGCCUGGCCUCUAGGAAAGAGAGGGGAAGGAGGAAAGAGAAAACGGUUACGGCCUCCCGCCCCCCGGGUGACUGUUCCACCCACUGAGUUGAAUGUAGCGGCCCGGGAGGUACUGGGCCCCUCGACGGGUGAGACGAGGAGGAGCACGAUCCAGACUGUUCAAGAGAAACGGAGAGGUGGGAGGCCGAACUAUCUCCAUCCAUAUCCAGUUUCUCCAGCCAUGGGAAAUCCGGAAAACAUAGAAGAUGCUUAUGUUGCUGUUAUUCGUCCAAAGAAUGCUGCCAGUCUCAAUUCUCGGGAAUACAGAGCUAAGUCAUAUGAAAUUUUAUUGCAUGAAGUUCCCAUUGAAGGACAGAAAAAAAAAAAAAAGAAAGUUUUAUUGGAAACUAAACUUCAAGGCAACAGUGAAAUAACACAAGGCAUAUUGGAUUAUGUAGUAGAAACCACCAAACCAAUCUCUCCUGCAAACCAGGGUAUUAGAGGAAAACGAGUGAUAUUAAUGAAGAAAUUUCCUCUGGACGGGGAGAAGAUGGGCAGAGAAGCAGCAUUGUUUAUUGUCCCAUCAGUUGUCAAAGAUAAUACUAAAUAUACAUAUACUCCAGGAUGCCCAGUUUUUUAUUGCCUACAAGAUAUCAUGCGAGUCUGUAGUGAAUCUAGCACUCACUUUGCUACGCUUACAGCAAGAAUGUUAAUAGCCUUGGAUAAGUGGUUAGAUGAACGUCAUGCACAGUCUCACUUUAUUCCAGCUUUAUUCCGACCUUCUCCUCUUGAGCGGAUAAAAACUAAUGUUAUAAACCCUGCAUAUGCUACCGAAUCAGGUCAGACAGAAAACUCUCUACAUAUGGGCUAUAGUGCACUAGAAAUAAAGAGUAAAAUGUUGGCCCUAGAGAAAGCAGAUGCCUGUAUUUACAACCCUUUGUUUGGAUCAGAUCUUCAGUAUACAAAUCGGGUAGAUAAAGUGGUAAUAAAUCCAUACUUUGGCCUAGGCGCUCCAGACUACUCAAAAAUCCAGAUUCCUAAACAGGAAAAAUGGCAGAGGAGCAUGAGCAGUGUCACAGAAGACAAGGAACGACAGUGGGUAGAUGAUUUUCCUCUCCAUCGAAGUGCCUGUGAAGGAGAUACGGAAUUAUUAAGCCGACUUCUCAAUGAAAGAUUUUCAGUCAACCAAUUAGAUAGUGACCACUGGGCACCCAUUCAUUAUGCAUGCUGGUAUGGAAAAGUUGAAGCUACACGCAUAUUGUUAGAGAAAGGAAAGUGCAAUCCAAACCUUUUAAAUGGACAACUUAGUUCUCCUCUUCAUUUUGCUGCUGGAGGAGGACAUGCUGAAAUAGUACAGAUUCUCCUAAACCAUCCAGAAGUUGACAGACAUAUAACAGAUCAACAAGGACGAUCUCCUUUAAAUAUCUGUGAAGAAAACAAACAAAAUAAUUGGGAAGAUGCUGCAAAAUUGUUGAAGGAAGCCAUUAACAAACCAUAUGAAAAAGUUAGGAUAUACAGAAUGGAUGGAUCUUACCGUUCUGUUGAACUGAAGCAUGGAAAUAACACCACAGUGCAGCAGAUAAUGGAAGGAAUGCGUCUCUCUCAAGAAACACAGCAGUAUUUCACUAUCUGGAUCUGUUCAGAAAACCUAAGCCUUCAGCUCAAGCCUUAUCAUAAACCACUGCAACAUGUUCGUGACUGGCCAGAAAUUCUUGCUGAAUUGACUAAUUUGGAUCCCCAAAGGGAAACACCACAGCUUUUCCUAAGAAGAGAUGUGAGACUUCCUUUGGAAAUUGAGAAAAAGAUUGAAGACCCACUAGCUAUUCUCAUUCUUUUUGAUGAAGCCAGAUAUAAUUUAUUGAAGGGCUUUUAUACAGCUCCUGAUGCUAAACUGAUAACAUUGGCAAGUCUGCUGUUGCAAAUAGUUUAUGGAAAUUAUGAGAGUAAAAAACACAAGCAAGGUUUCCUAAAUGAAGAAAAUCUAAAAUCCAUUGUACCUAUUACCAAAUUGAAAAGUAAGGCACCUCACUGGACAAAUAGAAUACUUCAUGAAUACAAGAAUCUUAGUACAAGUGAAGGUAUCAGUAAAGAAAUGCAUCACCUUCAGCGUAUGUUCUUACAGAAUUGUUGGGAAAUCCCUACAUAUGGAGCAGCUUUUUUCACAGGACAGAUAUUUACAAAGGCCAGCCCUAGUAACCAUAAAGUCAUCCCUGUGUAUGUAGGUGUGAAUAUAAAAGGACUUCAUCUCCUCAACAUGGAAACUAAGGCUUUACUCAUCAGUCUUAAGUAUGGUUGUUUUAUGUGGCAGUUGGGAGAUGCUGAUACUUGUUUUCAGAUCCAUAGUAUGGAAAAUAAAAUGAGCUUUAUUGUACAUACAAAACAGGCCAGCCUUGUGGUAAAACUACUAAUGAAGCUAAAUGGACAGUUAAUGCCAACUGAAAGGAAUUCAUGAGAGGAAAGCAACUGAUACCUAAGCCACCACAUUUUGUAAUGUAGAUUUUUUUCCGUGAAAGAUUUCUUCAACUUACAUUUAACAAGGCAUUUAGUCUCUUGUAAUAUAUAUGUAUACUAUUACAUUGUACAGAAUCUGUACUUAUGUUUGGUGUGUAAGAUACCAGUUAGUUUUAUAUAAUAUCCACACAAGCUAAUUAGUUUUUAAGAGAAACACACAAAAAGGUAUAGACUGAUAGCCUGUAUAAUAUUAGACAAAAUAGUAGGCUUAUAAAAAGUUAUUUUUGGUAAAUGUAAAGAAUUUAGAGUGGAAUGUGAUGAAAUUAAAAUGUAGCUUUGCUAUGA